AUGGCGAAAACUCCAGGAAAAUCUAUCAUGUCUCGGUCUGCAAGAGCAGGGUUACAGUUCCCUGUUGGUCGUGUGCACCGCUACUUAAAGGAGCGCGUUCAUAAACAGGAACGCGUCGGGGCUACUGCUUCCGUGUACCUAGCCGCCGUCAUGGAGUACCUAACAGCAGAAAUUCUGGAACUCAGCGGAAACGCGUCGAAGGACUUGAAGCAAAAGCGGAUUGCGCCAAGGCACUUGCAGCUGGCUAUUCGGGGCGACGAAGAGCUGGACCAACUGGUGAAGGCAACAAUCGCUGGCGGUGGCGUGAUUCCCCAUAUUCACAAGGCCUUACUGAAGAAGGGUACCAAAAAGUUUCAGCAGGAAUAA